AAAUUAUCAAAGUUUAGUACUUUUUUUGUUCCACCACCAACACCAAUGGCUUCAGAACAAGUAAGAAGAAAAGAUGACAACAUUAUUGAUGAACAACAUCAAAUCCAAAUCAAGAAAACAAGAGACCCCAAAAGGGGUAGUGGCACUGCUGCUGCUACUUGUGUGAAAGUACAAGUUGGAAGUGAUUUUCACCUUGCUGGUCCUGGUGCAAUUCAUGUUACAAAUGAUUCUGAUAAACAUUCUUUUGAAGAGAGGCCAGGAGGUGUCAAGUUUGAAGUACAUAGCCAGAGACACAAGGGUAAUGAUAAUGUCAAAGAAUUGGCAAGUCAUGGACUUGGUUCCACAGGUGCUUAUGCAACAUCAAAAGGUGCACAAGCCAAAGAUAGUAUGACACAUGGUGUUCAAAGUGGACAUGACUAUGUUGCUGAUAAGACUGGAGCUGCUAAAAACAUAGCCCUCAAGAAGAGCCAGCAAGGUUACUCUCCAACUAAAGAUACCCUUACAAGCACAGGACAAAAUGUAGUUCAAUCAGCACAACAAGCUAAAGAUUAUGCUAAAAACACAGCACUUGACAAGGGUCAUCAAACUUAUGCUGCUGCCACAGACACCCUUUCAAGUGCUGGACAAACUGCAGCUCAAACAGCAAAGAAGUCCGAAGACACAGUUCUAGACAAGGGUCACCAAGCUUAUACUGCUACAACAGACACCCUUUCAAACACAGGACAGACUGCAGCUCAAUCAGCAAAGAAGGCUAAAGACACAGUUCAUGACAAGGGUCAGCAAGCUUAUGGUGCUACUACAGAUACCCUUUCAAGUGCUGGACAAACUGCAGCUCAAUCUGCAAAGAAGGCUAAAGACACAGUUCUUGACAAGGGUCACCAAGCUUAUGCUGCUACUACAGAUACCCUUUCAAGUGCUGGACAAACUGCAGCUCAAUCUGCAAAGAAGGCGAAAGAUUAUGCUAAGGAUACAGUUUUUGAUAAGGGUCAGCAAGCUUAUGCUGCCACUACAGAUACCCUUUCAACUGCUGGACAAACUGCUGCUCAAUCUGCAAAGAAGGCUAAGGNAGAUACCCUUACAAGUGCUGGACAAACUGCAGCUCAAUCUGCAAAGAAGGCUAAAGACACAGUACUUGACAAGGGUCAGCAAGCUUAUGGUGCUGCUACAGAUACCCUUUCAAGUGCUGGACAAACUGCAGCUCAAUCUGCAAUGAAGGCUAAGGACACAGUUCUUGAUAAGGGUCAGCAAGCUUAUGCUGCUACUACAGACGCCCUUUCAAGUGCUGGUCAAACUACAGUUCAAUCAACAAAGAAUGCAGCAGGUUAUGUUGGGCAGAAAGCAGUAGAAGCGAAAGACGUCACAUUAGAAACGGGAAAAGGAGCAUUGGGAUAUGCAGGGGAAGUAGCCGAGACUGUGAAGGACAAAGCUGCUGUGGCUGGUUGGGGAGCUGCACAUUAUACAGCAGAGAAAGCUGCAGAGGCCACAAAAGCUGUGGUUGGUGUUGGUUCUAAUGUUGCAGGGUACACCGGGGAAAAGGCGGUGGCCGCUAAGGAUGCAAUUGCUGGCACUGGAAUGAACGUUCUCGGGUAUGCAGAGAACAAGUUGGCUGAUGCAAAGGACUAUGUGCUUUCAACUGAAGAAAGUGCAGCAGAGAAUGCAGCUAGGAAGAAAGCUGAAGCUGAGAGGGAACUAGAAGCUAAGAGAUCAUAUGACUUCAAGGGAGAAACUGGAAGUGGAUUCAUUAAUGGGAAAAAGCAAGAAACAAAGUGGGAAGAAGAAGGAAAUGAUGAUUUUCAAGAAUUCGAAUCAGCAGGAGGAGAGGAAUACAUGCAGCAGCAACAGAAGCAAGGAGGAGGACUGUUGAAAGCCAUUGGUGAAACUAUAGUAGAGAUAGGCAAGACAGCCACAGAUCUUAUUGCUGGACGUGGACCUGUAGAAGAAUCAGUUAGCAUGGAGAAGAAGAAAGAUCAGUCACAAUAGAAAUUUUGAGCAUUUAGAGCACAUCUUAGUAGCUUUCUGUCUCAAGUGUUUUUAGUC